CCCCAUACCCCAUACCUUCCCAUACCCCCAUAACUUAAAAUAAAAUUGUUUCUAAAAGGCUGAUGUACUAAGUGGUCCACUUUUUUUUGUCCCUUUUUCCAUGGAAACAGUUCUGAAGAGAUUUGCCGUCUGUGGAGCCUAGUCACGCUCAGCUGUGCGCCGCUCGCCCUAGCAAUGCUCGGGAGAUUGACGCUUCCACAACUGCUUUUUGCUGCCGCCCUUGGAGUUGCUGGAGGAAUGUAUAUUUAUCAACCAAUAUUUGAACAGUAUUCCAGAGAUCAGAAGGAAUUAAAAGAAAAGGUGAAAAUUUUGCAAGAAUCAGAGGAAAAGAGGAGCUAAUUCUGCAUAAACUGAAAUUGUUUUCAUUGCUUAAAGUCCUAUUGACAUCACACAUGGACUAUUAAUCUAGCAAGAAUUUAGUGUGUUUUAAAUAAAUCAUGGGUAAUGGAUCUAAGUUA